AUGGUUCCACCGAGGGCUACCGACGCAGAGUUCUUCCUUCACCUAAAAGAUCACGAUAACUUGUCUUCGCCGUCAAGCUCUUCUCCACAAUUAUCGCCAAAUACUUCCCCACCGCCAACUCAUCAACUCUCAGUGCGGACACAUCAAGACUCUCAAAAUUACUUUUCACUCUCGGUGCAACAGCCUCCGAUAGUCUCCGCUUCUUUAGAAAUAUUUGCAAAGAUCUGUGAGUACCUUGCUCCACUCGAUAUUGUCGCGCUUUCGAGGGUCUGCAAACAAUUUCACAUCCAUCUUUGCUCAAAAACAUGGGUCUCGCAAGCCAUCUGGCGCAAGUCAAGGACCAGCUUCCUAACUUAUCCAGAAUUACCACCACCACAAGGAAUGGAUGAGGAACGUUACAUUAAAAUUACAAAUUUUGAUAAGAGAUGCGAAUUCUGUGGAACAAACGAGCCAGGUAGUGCUAGUCUAUACUGGGAAUUUGGGAUUAGAUGUUGUGAUUUGUGCCUGCUUAAAAGAACUGUGACGUAUGUUUUGAAAAUGACUUGA